CAUUCUGUGAACCAAACGAGGCCUCAGUGUUCUUCUAGUCUUCGGCACCUCCCCACUUGGCUCUUCUCAGUCUCCGACGACUUAGCUAUUUGCAGCAUUUAUGAUUCAGAAUCUCCAUCCCUGAUAGCGACAGAGACUCCCAGGAAGGUCAGAUAGAGAGAGGGGAAGGAAUGUCUUCAUUCACGGGUUUGUAUGAAGAUCUGGUACGAUUAGCUUCAAGAUUGAGUGAUGAGGAAGACUUCCGAGCAAAUGCUGGAAACCAGGAGGAGGGUCAAAGUUCGAAUUCAACAAGCACUAGCAGGGAAGGCUCUAAUAGUAUGAUAAUUUUAACUGACGCAGGAUUGCUUGAUUGCCCAAUUUGCAGUGAACCAUUGAAAGUGCCUGUCUACCAGUGUGAUCAAAAUGGGCAUAUAGUUUGCUCCUUGUGCUGCACCAAGAUUAAUAAGAAAUGCCCCUUUUGUACCUGUCCCUUUGGUUCUAAUCGCUGCCGUGCCAUUGAGAAAAUUGUGGAAUUAAAUAUAACUCCAUGCCAGAAUAUCAAGUAUGGCUGCAGUGUUCCUGUGGCUUACAACAAGAAGUAUGAACAUGAGAAGGUAUGUGUAUGUUCCCCUUGCUCAUGCCCUUAUGCAGGCUGCAAUUUUGUGUCUUCAUCCAUGGAGGUAUACCACCACUUCAGUAAUGAUCAUUUGGAUUCGGCAACAAGUUUUCAGUAUGACAACAAUGACGAUGGUUUGAGUUUCCCAAUUACAUUGAAUAUGGAUGACUACUCUCUUGUUGUUCGAGAAAAGGAUAGUGGAACAUUGUUUAUCCUCUACAAUCGAUACGAAGCUCUUGGAAAUGUUGUGUCACUUAGCUGUUUACAACCUAGCUUCAUGGAUGAUUUCAUCUAUGUUCUUAUUGUUUCUAACAAGGAUAGUUCUCUCAAAUUUCGGUCUGUGACAGAAAGUACUCCAAGCCUGCAGAUGGAUGGCUCUUCUGCGAAAAGCUUUCUUUUAGUCCCACGUGAGUUUUUUGACUCUCGUGGUCAGGUCAAGAUUGACGUUUUCAUACGGUGCAAAUGGUGAAUGCCUGCUUCCGGUGAUACAGUGCUAAGUUUUAUUUAAGGAAGAACAGAUUCUGAAUGGGUUAUGAGGUUGGCAAUGUCUCAUGCAUUAGAAUGGUUAGAUGUCUGAAAUGUAUUCAGUAAACUCAUGAACGUGCCUCUAUUUCUCUUUUUUUAUGUCAUUGGUUUCUUAUUAUGA